AGUUAAAAAGUGAAUGGCAUAUAGAUAGAAGACCUCCAGCAGGUAAACAAGGGAAAUAGGUUUUUCCUGGGAAGAUGGAGAAGAUGAGAGUUGGAUUCAUUGGUGCAGGGAAGAUGGCCAGUGCUGUGGCUCAGGCCAUAUUGUUGACAGGAAGGAUUCGGUCCACCACACCGUCCUCCCUUGAAGCAAAAUCCCCGCAAGACAACUUGGGACGCUAUCAUGGUUUCUCACACCGAAAGCUUCUGAGGAGCCAGACAGAGCAGAUGGGCGCACAUCAUCCAGGAGGCCAACUGAGGCUCUUUCGAUCCCAAAACCAUGUUGAAAACCAGAGUCAAACCAAAGAGGAUACAACUUCUCACCUAAGAAGUCCUGGAAUUGGGUCGACAUCAUACGCUCGAUCAACGGCACCGUAUCAAAAAAUGAAGUGUUGGAGACCAGAUGGAGAUGUUCAGGCCGUGAAUAUCUUUGCCAGUGCUCCAUCCAAUAGGAAUCUGGAGAAGUUCCAGACCCUUUCCUGCAGGACCACCCACUCCAACCUGGAGGUGCUGGAGAACUGUACCUUCGUCUUCCUGGCCACCAAGCCUCACGUCCUCCCAACCGUCCUGGAAGAAAUUGCCCCAGCGGUCACUCCCGAGCAUGUCGUCAUUUCCAUGGCUGCCGGAGUUACGCUCGAGACCCUCGAAGAGGGUCUCCCUACCGGGACCAAAGUGCUGCGGAUCAUCCCCAACCUCCCUUGCGUGGUCCAGUCGGGGGCCAUCAUUCUGUCCCGGGGCAGCUGCGUCGGGGAGAAUGAGGUGGACGUCCUGAAGAAGCUCCUCUCUCCUUCGGGGCUCUGCGAAGAAGCUCCAGAGUCGUACAUUGACAUCCACACCGGUUUGAGUGGCAGUGGAGUGGCCUACGUUUACAUGUUUGCCGAAGCGCUGGCGGAAGGCGCGGUGAAGAUGGGAAUGCCAGGGCAGCUGGCCAACAAGAUUGCUGCUCAGACUCUCUUGGGAGCAGCCAAAAUGAUGCUGGAAACAGGGGAGCACCCGGCAGCUUUGAGGAGCGCGGUUUGCACGCCGGGAGGCACCACUAUCCACGCUUUGCACGAAUUGGAGAAAGGGGGUCUCCGGGCGACCGUCAUGAAUGCCGUGGAGGCGGCCACCAACCGGGCUCGCGAAAUGGGCAAGCGAUAAAGCGACAAGUGGCCACAACAAAGCCAUUUUGAGCCUCCUGAGCAUGGGAUGGCCGCCUUGUCAGUCCACCUUGCCUCCAUGGCUCACAUGGAACAAGAACUACUGCAAUUUCCUAUGAAAUGCAGCCUGGGGCAGGUGUGCUGACUCCAUACCUUUUGCAGUAUGGACUUUAUAGGACUAGUUUCAACUCUUGGAGAUCAGUCUGGAUCCUCAACUCCCUGAUUCUUGUUUAUUUUGCAGGGAGUGAAUUGUUCAACCAACUGCUUGUUACUAAUUGCACCAAUUUGUUAGCUUUGUUUACCAUCUGAGCUUCCCUUUGUUUUGUUUUUUAUGUUAUUUCAUUUUCAUAGUUUUAUGACAUAAAGACAAAGGGAAAAAAGAUGGGAGAUAGUAAAAAUAAUAUGUUGUUCACGGAGUUUUGUUAGUAAAUUACUUCUAUACAUGA